GUCCUAUUGGUAAUUUUCAAUAGGGAUUUGCGUGAAAACUACGUUAAGCACAGUGAAUCUUCCUUCGCAUCGCUUUUCGAUUCUUUCGUAUAGCUGAUUGAAUUAAAAUCCGUGGUCAGUGAAACGUUACUCUUGCAUCAUUUGAAAUAUCAAAGACAGCGAAAAACCGUUGGUCUCUGUAGCCGUUAAAUGGAAAACUAACCUAACCUAGACUGCUAGCGUCGUUAUUGGAGUUAUCAAGACUAGAUUUAUUCAAAUUUGAAGGUCCGCUACCGUUCAAAGAAUAUUAUGCGAAAUUUUGGUACGCGUGAAAGGUUAAGUGUAUUUUUUUGAAAGAAAAAAAAAAAUAUCGCUUAUUUUACUGUUUGUUAUUUAACAGCUUGAACACUUGUUUGUAUUAACCGAAUACAUCUUGAACUACUUGCGACUUUGACAUUGGCUCGAUUUUCGUGUUUUGCUGGACACUACAAUAACCUAUAGUUGUUAAUACACCGCGGUAUACUCUACUAAAUGACAAGCCAUUUAAACUAAUAUAAAAUAGUUUAAUUAAGAAAAUAUAGAAUUAAGAAUGGAUCCUGCAACCGUCAUAGCACUUUGUAAAGAAAAUAUUCAACCAUUACGUUAUGGACGAAAUGCUGCACAAUUAGGAACUGCAUUAAGAGCACAAGAGGAUGCAGAUGCUCAACAAUUACUUUUACAAGAGAAACAAAUGUACGAAGACGCGAUCAAGAAUUAUGAAGGGGAUGAUCCUUUAGAAUGUUGGUACGAAUAUAUAAUAUGGGUGGAACAAAGUUAUCCAAAAAGUGGUCACGAGCCACACAUUGCUAAACUUUUACAACAAUGUUUAGCAACGUUCGAAAAAGAGACCAAGUAUCAUCAAGAUCGUAGAUACAUUCGUCUUUGGAUUAAUUAUAUAAGUAUGCAGAAAAAUCCAUUAGAGUUGUAUCAACUUUUACAUAACAAUGGAAUCGGCACUAUGGUUGCUGAUAUGUAUAGAGCAUGGGCUUUUGAAUUAGAAUUAAGGGAAGAUUACAAACGCGCGGACGAAGUCUAUUUAAUGGGUUUAUCUGCUUCUGCAGAACCACAAGAUGAAUUAGAUUGUGCUCAUAACAACUUUCAACUUGCAGUUGCUCGUAAAAUGUUGGGGCGAACAGACGAUCGUAAUGAAGUAUCGUUAUUCGAACAGCGUCAAGCUUUCAGUUCUUUAAGGGCGAUAAAAGCUGGCAGAAAAGUUAGUAGUGUACGUACUGGACAUCGAGUACGCGAGCAUUUCCCCGGUACCGUUCCGCAAAUUUCCACGACGACGCAUAAUACUAAAUCAAAUUUCAAGAUCCAAAUAUAUGAGGAUGAUGUUCCUAGCACAGUGAAGGGUUCAAGUAUAUUAGAUCAUGUUCCGGUAGAAGAUACGGUGCAUAAAGAGAACACCAUUAAACCUGGUCCAUGGAAUAGUGGAAGCAAACGAUGCCCACUAAUUACAUCUGCUUCUAAGCCAGCUUUUAAGGUUCAUGAAGAUCAAGCAGAAGAUUUUGACACGGAUAAGCUAAGAUUAUUUUCAAAUCAUACAUUUUUUUUUGAUGGUAGCAAAUAUCCAGAGCAUAUAACUGUACCUGUAUUUGUACCAGACCCCCCAAAUCCAAAUAUUAUAUUAAGACCGCAUUAUCCCAAAGAAUUAGUUUAUGCUAAUAAUGUAGAUCAAAGCAUGGAGGAAAUAAGAGCCCAACUGUACUUACAAAGAGCACAAAUUUUAGAAAAAAAGCACGAUGUGCAAGAUAUAAGGGAAGCUGAACAAGUUCAACAUAAAAAUUUCGAAACUGAAGAUCAGAGGCUUGCAAGAAUUUUACAAGAAUAUCAAAGACAAAGAUCUGAACAACAAAAUUUAUCGAAAGCACAAAGAGAAAUAGAUCAACAACGAAGAGAGGUUGAACCAAUUGAAGUCGAUAGACAAAGACUUCAAGUUAAAGAACAGGAACUUCGAAGACAGCAGUUUGAAGUCGAGAAUCAAGCUUUGGAGUCUCAAAGACGCGAAGCGGAACAAAGAGAACUGGAAAGAUUAGAAGCUGAAAGAAUUGAGGCUGAAAGGAUCGAAGCGGAAAGACUCGAAGCACAGAGAAUGGAAGCAGAAUUAAAUUCACAGAGAAAACUGCAAGUCUCCAAUUUUAUGCAUCAACAUCAUACAUCAUCUUUAACUACCGACCCCGAAGAACAUUUGCUCGGACAAAGUAUUACAGCGAAUACAAAAGAGGCGAUAUCGGUGAUACAAGACAUGUGGCGUUCUCCCGAUGCUGUACAUAAUACUCCUAAUUUUCGCACUCCUAUGACACCUAGAAUUCCAGAUUCUAAAACAAAAUUAUCGUUUGAUAUACAUAUGGAUAGUUCAAUGACACAGCACGCGAUGUCAAGCAGUAAACACCAUUCAGGAUAUAGCAUUCAACCUUACAACGAUCAAGAAAAUCACCAAAACUAUUCCGUUCACCAAAGUUAUUCGAAUCAGGAACAUCAAACUUCAUACGGCAAUCCUGGAUUACAUAACGCUUACCAGUACCAAAUACAGCAGCAUCACGAACAGCAAAUGCAACCUCAUUCUCGGCCGCAUCAUUCGCAGCAUCAUCAACAGUUGAUGCAAACACAUCAACAAGCUCAUAUGGUCCCACAUCAUCAUACUAUUUCUCAUACGCCACAUUUACAUGACCAAAUUCAUCAUCAGCCUCAUCCUGAGCAACAUCAAUCGUCGCAUAACCAGCAUCUUCAUCAAUCACCUCAAACGCAUCAACACAUGCAACAUAUGCAACAUCCAGUUUAUGGCAAUAUGAUGCCAAAUGAUAUUACUUAUCAACAAUACCCUUCGCAACUGGAAUCGACGUUGUUACAACAAAAUGUAGAACCUCAAAAACAGGUUCAUUAUCCUCCGUAUAACGAACCAGAUAUUGAUACUGGCAAACCUUAUAGAAUGCCUCUUGAGUUACCGUACAUAAAGUCUCCAGGAAUGAAUCGCAGAGAUAUUAAAUAUCUCGAAAGCGCCGAGAACAAGGAAAAUGCUAUUGUCGUUGACUAUAAUGGACCAGUGGAAGAAAAUAUGCCGUCGAAGCCAGCCGAUGAAAAUAGUUUAUACACUGAUGAAAGUCUUGGUAUAACUCCGUUAGCGGGGAACGAUGAUACUUGUUUCACAGAAGCAUUUAAUACACAAUUGACAAGUUCUACACCUAUGACUAAUCAUUUUAGACAAUCUUACAAAGUAUCAGAGGGAACUCCACAAUAUCCAAAUCAGUGUGCUACAUCACAAACAAAUUCUGAAGCUCCAAAUGCCGAAACCGAUGAGAAACUAAGCGUCAUACUAGAAUCGACUAGAGAGUAUAUUUCCAGUAGCUCUGGUAAUAGUACCGCCCAUACAAGAAACACUGCGUUGGGUUUCACGUUAACGAAAGAAGAUUUGCUUCCUAUAAAAGAACAAUCUAUUACUAUAGGCGGAGAAGAAGAAUCCAAUGAUGUUACGCUUUCUACUAAUCAACUUUACGAGCAGAAGCUUCACGCCCAAAUUCAAGCUGUUCACGCCCAAAGUCCACGUACGGUGCAACGUAACGUGGAUCAGAUUACUUCUGAGAUCAAAAAGAACUGCGAUCUACGAAAAUCAAUUAAUUUUAAACUUAACGAAAUAGAUCAACAAGAGAAAGUUGAUUCUAUGGAUUGCGAAGAUCAUCCCGAACCAAUGGAAGAAGCAGAAGAAGAAAGUUUUCAAUUUCCUUCAGGAGAUAUAAAUCCUUUCGACAAAAAUUUAAUAGCUGGUCUCUUAAAAAAAAUUAAAUUUCCCCAACCGCAUCAUGCUGAGGGAUACGUCAGAUUAAAUACUAACUUAAAUAAGUUUGUGCCUUCUAUGAUUACGCUUGGUACUGAAGCAUACGAUUUGGAAAAGUGCCUUGGAAAGGGGAUGUAUGGUAAAGUAUUCAAAGCUGUGAACCUGCAAACGGGUCAGACAGUUGCCCUAAAAACGCAGAAACCUGCUUGGGUUUGGGAAUUUUAUAUCGCUAGGGAAAUAAAAAAUCGCCUAACCAAUCCACACAUGUUGCGUGGAUUUAUGGACGUUUCGAUGGCAUAUGUUGCUAAUAAUAGUAGUGUACUAGUUUCAGAGUAUUCGAAGUUUGGAACAUUGUUAGCGGUAACGAAUCAAAUAAAAAUUGCCACAGGUAAACCGUUGAUAGAGCAUUUAGCUAUAUUCUUUACGAUUGAAAUGUUGCAAAUUGUGGAGUACCUACACAAAUGCCAAAUAAUUCAUGGGGACAUUAAACCAGACAAUUUUCUUUUAAUGCGUUUACCUACCGAAGAUGUAAGGCCAACAAUACAGCUGAUAGAUUUUGGAUGCAGUAUAGACAUGACACUUUUACCAGAAAAUACAACAUUUACACAGGUUAUAAAGACAGAAGAUUUUACGUGCAUCGAAAUGCAAACUGGAAAACCAUGGACGUACCAGACUGAUUUGUAUUGUUUAGCUGCAUCGAGCCAUUGUUUAUUGUUUGGUAAUUACAUGAGAGUUUCGUACAUGGGUAAUCGCUGGUUCAUCACUUCGAAAAUACCAAGGUACGCCAAGAGAGCUGCAUGGGAGCAAUUCUUCACAGAAUUAUUAAACAUUGAAUCUUGCGAUAAAACCCCAGAUUUAUCAAAAUUGCGCAACGUGAUGGAAGAAGCAUUAGGACAAAUGACGGAUACUCAUCAGAAAUUUAGAAAUUUUGUUAAUAUUUUAAACAAACGAUAACACUUGCUGAAUACACUAUACGAAAUAUCGUGUCCCUACGUGUGCACAUAUUUAGUAAAGAACCAACAUUUAUUAAGAAAAAUUAAUGUUAUUAUGCUAUUUAUUAUAAAAAUUAAUACUAUGGUGAUAUAUAUACUAUAUGGUUAAUAAUACACGAAAUGCACUUUAUGGCCUGCUUCGUGGAGGAUUUAAGAAACUGUACUGCUUGCACAUAAUUAAUUACAUUAGAAUUACUAAAAUAUUUGAUUCAAUGAAAAGAAAAAAAAAUGAAACAAAAAAAACGAAGAAAAAGAUGUGAAAGCUAAUUAUAAUAUUACUGACAUUUUGUGCCCCAUAAGUUAUAAAAAUGUCUUUCAAGAUACCUCGUGACGCAGUACCUGGAUGUUAGCAUCUGUCACGUAAAUUGUGUAAAGGCAGAUUUGUAUAAUAAAGUUGAGUAAAAACAAAACUUCGAGAAAACGAAUAUGUAAAAAAAAUAUUUAUAAUACGAUACGAGUUGUUUACCUACAAUGAUUUUGUAAUUAUAAAUAGAGGAGCUUGUGUACCAACGUA